CGAACGAUGCUCGCAGUUGAUAACACUCAUCGCUCGUGGUAGGAGGUGUUCUGGUUUUGUAAGCUUCAAAAUGUACUCUAAUCAUACGUCGUCGAUAAUUACCAAUGCGCAAGACGUGCGUAUUGUGGACUUUCGCUCAGAUACAGUAAGUUUGCCGACUGCCAGCAUGCGUAGGGCAAUUUAUGAAGCUACAGUGGGGGAUGAUGUAUACGGCGAAGAUCCUACGGUUAAAGAACUUGAAAUUCGUUCUGCCAAAAUGUUUGGAAAAGAAGCUGCUCUAUUUGUGCCGACAGGGACAAUGGCAAAUCUUCUAGCUGUCAUGGUACACUGCAGUAGGCGGGGAUCUGAAGCCAUUGUUGGUGAUAAGGCACACGUGUUUUUAUACGAACAGGGAGGCGCGGCUCAAAUAGCCGGCGUAUUGCUGAAUACUAUUCAGAACCUACCGGAUGGAACGUUUUGUUUGAAUCAGUUGAAAAACAAGUUCAGGGGACUGGACGUUCACGAACCGCAUACUUCUUUGGUUCUAGUAGAAAACACCCAUAACAUGUGCGGUGGAAAGGUACUUCCUUUGCAAUGGCUUGAGGAUUUGGCUAAAAUUUGUAAGGAGAAUUCAGCUAAAAUACACAUGGAUGGGGCGCGCGUUUUUAAUGCCGCUGAAUUCCUAAAUGUGCCCAUCUCGCGUGUGGUUCGUGAUGUGGAUUCUGUAUGUUACUGUCUUAGUAAGGGAUUAGCUUGCCCGGUUGGUUCUGUCUUGAUCGGAACCGAAGACUUCAUCAAAGAUGCUCACCGUUUGCGCAAAGCCUUGGGAGGCGGCAUGCGUCAAGUUGGUUUUCUAGCUGCAGCUGGGCUAUGCGCUCUGGAUGAGAUUGUUCCUAUGCUCAAAGAUGACCAUGUUCGUACAAGACAGAUUGCGGAAUCUAUUCAUAAAUUAAACAGCUCGUUGAUUAGCGUUGAUUUGGAUAACCUUCACACCAAUAUUCUGUUGGUGCAGAUAUUGAAUAAUAAAAUCAAAUCUUGCGAUUUGUCAGAAAGAUUGGCUGAGGUGAAAAUGAAGGAACUUGAUGAUGGGUUAGUGGACUCUUCUGGCCGUGGUAUUAGCGUCAAGAUCAGCGCCCGAGAUUGGGCUUUUGCACGAAUUGUUGUCUACACAAAUGUAACAGAUGAUGAAGUGAAUUUGGCAAUAAGGAAAAUUGCAUAUGUUGUCGAAGAAUAUCAGCAGAACUUGAAGUAGUAUGUUACUUGUAGAUUAAGAAGAUACUGUAUUCCGAAACAGCUAUUAUAACGAAAUUGUCCUCCUGCAAAUUGAGUCAUUUUUUGCACGCAAAAUAACAAAUAAAAAUUAUUUUAUGAAAUUGAA